UACCAAAUAAACAGUUUAUCAAAUGAAAAAAAAUGCAAUUAGUCAAUAGCAUUAGAUCAUCAAUCAUUAUUAAUUGUGCCUCAGAAUCACGAGAGACUUCAGAUGCUGGAAUCUGGAGUUUCUCCAGCAGAUUGUUUACUAACAAUACAGUCAUUAGUUGACGGCCUCUAAAUUAUUAUUCAGCGCCUUUUCAAAUGAAGGAAAUAUAGUUACCUGAGGAAUAACCACUACUGGGGUAUAUUAUGCGCUUUUAAUGCCGCCCUUCACUAGAAUGCUUAAAAUCUUUUCCCUUCACAGUAAACUUUGUUACUUUGCUCUAAUUGUGUUUUAUUCAUCUCAGUGUGUUUAAGUUAUAUUUUGCUUGUGAAUCCUACAUAUAUGAUACUAUGUGCCUGUGAUGUUGCAAGUAUGUUCUUCAUUGCACCUGUGUUCGCGGUGCUUGUGCAUGUAUAAACUGGACUUUGUCUUUUUCACGUGCUUAGUGUGACGGACACCAAGUUACUAUGCCGCAGUAGUUUUUAGAAGCGACUUCAUCGCGAGGACCCAGAGCGAAUCGACUGAAGCACUCGGACGGAAAGACCCAACUCCAGCUGGUGGGAGGAGCUGUGUGAUUGGCGGACGGUUGGCCAAUAGUCAGUAGCCGGAGGUCGGCGAUGCGCUCCAAUGAAGAGGGGAGGGCGGGCUUGGCUGAGGCCGCUGACGGCAGCGUUUGAGGCCGGGCAACUUGUCUCUCCCCUUCAACAGGAAUUCUUGAUCUUAUUUCCAAAUAUUUUUUUCUACUGAUUAUUGAACAAAAUGGCAGACAGUUUGGCAAGUGUUUGUCAUCAGAAUGCACCUGUUUCUGACUUAUGUAUUUUACAUGGAGCUAAUGCCAGUUCCUUGGGAGAAAAGGAUGUAAGGUAAAGAUUCCUUUGUACUGUUUGGGACAUCAGAAUGAAAGAAGUUGCCUGAUAACAUAACAUGAACUUGUCCAGCCCUGAUUAUUGAUGAAUUGUUGGUGGACUACAUCAGCAUGGCUCAUUCAUUUGACUCAGCAAGAAGAGAGAUGACAAAUACAAUACACCCCAGCAAUCAUGCUGGCAGUGCAAACACAGCAGCAAAGCACCUGCUGAAGAAACAGUACAAGCAAAUGAAUGGACAGCCUAGAGCAACCCGAUCUAAUUCACCCAUGGGCAGAGUGAUCCUUAUCACUGGUACUUCUCCAAUUGAAGCUGGUACUGAAGACUGUGAUUCAGCUGAGGCAAUCCACAACAUCACCGUGGAGAAAAGCACUGAUGGGAAGCUGGGAUUCAGUGUCCGCGGAGGCUCUGAGCACGGUCUUGGAAUAUUUGUCAGCAAAGUAGAAAAUGGAAGUGUAGCUGAUCAUAGUGGCCUCUGCUUAGGUGAUAAAAUUAUGGAGGUUAACGGGAUCAGCUUCGAGAGCAUCACUAUGGGAAGUGCUGUCACUGUACUCACUGGCAGUCACCGCUUACGUUUGGUAGUCAGACGCUUGGGAAAAGUGCCAGGAAUCAAAUAUUCCAAAGAACUUACCACGUGGGUUGAUACAGCAACAAGGAGGAUAAUAGCAGAGAAAAGUCAAAGUUCUUCAGACACUGUAUCUGAGGACGGAGCCAGAAGGAUUAUCCAUCUUUACACCAGUUCAGAUGAUGAGUGCCUUGGUUUUAAUAUUAGAGGUGGAAAGGAAUUUGGCUUGGGAAUAUAUGUAUCCAGAAUUGAUCCCGGUGGACUAGCCGAGCAGAAUGGCAUCAAAGUUGGAGACCAAAUCCUAGCAGCCAAUGGAAUAAGCUUUGAGAAAAUCACCCAUAGCAAAGCAGUAGAGAUCCUGAAGAGUUACACACACAUUAUGUUAACAAUAAAGGAGGUUGGCAGAUAUCCUGCAUACAAGGAAAUGCUGGCAGAAUACAGCUGGAUGACCAAAUUGACAAAUAAUCAUUCCCAGCGUUUUGGCUCAGACUCAAAUUCUUCCACUUCAUCUCAUUCAUCCGGAACACCUUUGAGCUCCAUGAGUGAUUCUUUACAGGUCUUCCUCCCAACUACCCACAGCUCAACUGACAUGGUAGAUGUAUGUAUUUCCACAGAGGACUCCAAAUCUCUGCAGUAUAAUCGCCUGGAGACUAUAGAGUCUGCUAUACAGACAGACCUCCAGCUGUCUCCCUCCUCAAAUAUUGAUGUUUCAGAUGAACAAAGGGCUGUCAGGGAAAGAAGCAUGACACUUGGCCGCACAGUACUCUUGAAGGAAACAGCCAUUAGGUCAGAUAAUUUUAAGGAAGCUCGUAUCAGACCAAGAACUUACUCCACAGGAGAUUCCGCUGAUGAAUUUUUGGACUCGCCUAAAACUGCUGUGCUGAUGGCCCUGAGCAAGCCAAGGAAACCAAUCAGCCGAUCACAGAGUUAUAUGACUAUUGGAGAGGACAAGAAGAAAAAGAAAAAGAAACAGAAGACCCCUGAGAAAGGAACAAAACUAGAGCGGUCCAAGACAUUUAUGAACAUCUUUUUUAGAAGUGGUCGAUCUGGAAAGCAGUCAAGUGAGCAGAGUCCAAAAGAGAAAGACAGAUUGAAAUUGCCAUCUCACUCAGCAUCGGACAAAGUAACUGCUAUUCAAAAAUUUGUCAUCAGAAGUCUGAAGCGAGAGAAAGAUAGAGGCCUUCGCUUGAAAACUUUUGGCCCUCAGACAGACCAAAAUGGUCUCUCCACAGCAGACACAUACAGUCACUGUUUAGCUGUGAUUGAAGACAUAGCCAAGAAACUCCUGAGUCAAGAUGAAGUAAACGCCAUUUUGCGUCACUGUAAGCAGUAUGUUUCAGGUAGUGGAGUGGAAGAUCUGGUGCGGCCUCUACUUCAUAUAUUAGAUAAGCCAGAGAAGCUGCUGAUUUUGAGAGAAAUCAGGACCAUCAUUGGACCAACUGACCUAGGAAGGUUUGACAGUAUGGUGAUGCCUUAUGAACUGGAAGCGUAUGAUAUUCUGAAGAUCAGAGCAGGGAGAUCUCCAGUGCUUAGGCAGGGCAACUAUAGAUUGACACCAAAGAGACACCUGAUUACACCAAUUCCAGAUUAUAGAGGGGGCUUCCAACUGAAACCACUUAAGGAUUAUGAAAAGGAAAGGAUGAUGAUGGAGGAAAUCGAGAGGUUAAAGAUUUCACAUCCACUUCAGCAAGCGAAUAAACCAUACGAGUCUUUGAAAGAUGUACCUGUAGAUAAUCAUGACAUAGAUAGUACUUUGUUUAAAAGUGCUUCCCACAGUCCAGGAGGGUCGAACUGGUUGUUGACAGAUUCUAACAGGACUGCAGAAUUACCAUCUGCUGCAAAGCAAGACGCCAAUGUAAACCAGUCAGAAAUGUUGGACAAACAGUCCAGCAAUGGUAAAGCAGGAAGAAGAACAGCAAAGCCAAACCAUAACAAAGUUGAAAAAGAGAAAACUGAGACAAGUUAUGACUUGCCAUUAUAUUCAGCGGUGAACAAAUCUAAAAAAGCAAGACCUGUUUUAGAUCAGGUGUUCGGAGAAGCAUUGCCCAAUAGAACUUUACAUAGGGUAAACACAACUGUCGGUGAUCAAGGCGAACUCGAGGAAAAACCAAUGUAUGCAGGGAUUAAGAAAAUCUUGGAAAAUGGCCAAAAAGAAAGAAAAAUUAUGAAUGAUGAAAUUAGAACAAGAAUCGGGAAAAGCACAGAAAAUAAAGUACAAGAAUAUGAGCUGGUGACCGUCAAAGUGUCCAAGAUGAAGCAAUCAUUAGGAAUCAGCAUUUCAGGUGGUAUUGAGUCUAAAGUUCAACCCAUGGUGAAAAUUGAGAAGAUUUUCCCAGGAGGGGCAGCGUCGGUCAGUGAAACCCUCAAGGCUGGAUAUGAACUAAUUUCAGUGGAUGAAGAAAGCCUACAAAAUGUCACCCACCGACAAGCAGUGGAUAUAAUUCGUCGAUCCUACAGUAACAAGUCGCUGGACCCAAUGGUGUUUGUGGUUAAGGUACCCAAGACCAAUUGAAGACUGAACCUGUCAGGAUAUAGUAGACCUACAAAGAUGAUCUGGGGCAUCUGUUCCCAGGAUGAGGCUUUCCUUCCUAGGACACCAGAGAUGUCCUCUUUCUUCAAAGAAUGGGGUUUCCCUUCUUCCACCAUGUUGCUGCUCUCACCCACAGCUCCUCCAUUUCCUGGACAUCCACACCCACCCCAUCUGCCCACCACCUCAACAGGGCUAGAGUUCCUUUUAUCCUCACCUACCCCACAAUGAGCCUCCACAUUCAAAACAUAAUUUUCCUCAGCCUCCAUCAUCUUCAAUAGGAUUCUACCUCCAAACACCUCCCCACCCCCCACUCUCCAUUUUCUGCAGAGGUCAUUCCCUUCAUGAUUCCCUUGUACAGUCGUCCCUCCCCACUAAUCUCCCUCCUGACACACACCCCUGCAAGCAGCCAAAGUGCUACACCUGCCCAUUUACCUCCUCCUUCACUUCCAUUAGGGCCCCAAUCUUCUCCUCACCUGCCUUUCACCUUCCUUCAGUAACCCUCCUCCUUCCCUUAUUCUCGUGAACCUCAUCUAUCAAAUUCCUUAUUCUGCACCCAAACUUUCCCACCUAUCUGGCUUCACCUAUCUCCUUCUAACUCAGGGGUUAACCCUUUUUAUUCCCACCAUUAACCAAGGGAUCAAUGAACACCAAUUUGGAAACCUCUGUUCUAGCUAGCCCUCCUUUCCCUCCCUCCACCUUUUUAUUCUUGCGUCUUGCCCGCUUCCUUUUCCAGUCAAGAUGAAGGGUUUCGGCCUGAAACAUCAACAGUUUCCGUGAAUGCUGCCUGACCUGAUGAGUUCCUCCAGCAUUUUGUGUGUGUGGCUCCGUAAUUCCUGAUUACCAACCACACAGUGUGGAAGUAAAUGAUGAAGUGGGAAAGUGAAACAUGAAUGAUGGUUUUUGUGCAUUUGAAAUCUGUGAACCAUUUCAAACCCCAACUACUUCAAUUGAAAAGGAUUGCACUGAUCUAAAUGCAGUUGUCUAAAUAUUCCAUACAGUGAAUGGACACUAAUGUCUAAAUGAAUGGACCAUUACUUUGUAAAUACAUAAUUUCCAGAGCUGUCUCUUACACAGGUCCUUUAUAAAUUAAUUUUGUGGAAAGCAUAUUCAUAUUGUGAUUAAGGGUAAAUUUUGGAUAUCUAGUGUAUAAUGUUAUAAUAGUGUAUAACAUCUACCAGAGUACACAAAUGUUUAAAGGUUAGACAUGAACUAUUGAUUUAAAUGAUUAUUCUAAUAUAUUUGAUUUAUGGGGGCCAUUGAUGUAUGAUAUGGGAUAUAGUUCCUAUGCACAGGGUCUACCUGGUAGGCUCUCUCAUUCUUUGACCUGAUUUUGGCUUUUAAGCAUUUAGCAAACAAUGCAUUUCACUGUAUGUUUCGAUGUACAUGUUAUAAAUAAAUAAAUCUAAUCUACCUACACUUCUUUGGGAAAGAGGAGA